AUGGCGAGCACGUCGAGGCUUGAGGCGAAUAAGGUGGUGUGCUAUGCCCAUCCAGAUGCACCACUUAUCGAAGAUUACAGGGCUGGGGACAUGAUAUGUUCGGAAUGUGGGCUUGUGGUCGGCGACAGAGUUAUUGAUGUGGGGUCUGAAUGGCGUACAUUCAGCAACGAGAAGUCCGGAGUAGACCCAUCUCGUGUCGGUGGCCCGGAAAAUCCCCUUCUUUCCGGUGGUGACUUGUCAACAAUCAUUGGGCCUGGUCGAGGAGAUGCAUCAUUUGACAGUUUCGGAGUAUCAAAAUAUCAGAACAGGAGAAACAUUAGCAGCACGGAUAGGGCUUUGAUAAAUGCAUUCAGGGAAAUAAGCACUAUGGCAGACAGAAUAAACUUACCCAAGACUAUUAUUGACAGGGCCAACAAUUUGUUCAAACAGGUGCACGAUGGCAAGAACUUGAAAGGUCGAGCAAAUGAUGCGAUAGCCUCAGCCUGUCUCUACAUUGCUUGUCGCCAAGAAGGAGUACCACGUACAUUCAAAGAAAUCUGCGCUGUCAGCAAAAUCAGCAAGAAGGAAAUAGGAAGGUGUUUCAAACUGAUCUUGAAGGCCCUUGAGACUUCAGUGGAACUCAUCACCACAGCAGACUUCAUGUCUCGUUUCUGCUCAAACUUGGGUCUGCCCAAUUCAGUGCAAAGAGCUGCUACACAUAUCGCAAGGAAAGCCGGAGAGCUGGAUAUUGUGUCCGGACGCAGUCCCAUUUCUGUGGCAGCGGCUGCAAUUUAUAUGGCUUCUCAGGCGUCAGAGGACAAACGCAGCCAGAAGGAAAUUGGAGAUAUAGCCGGUGUGGCUGAUGUGACCAUUCGCCAGGCAUACAAACUGAUGUACCCCUUCGCAAGUAAAUUGUUCCCAGAUGACUUCAAAUUCUCCACGCCCAUCGAGUUUCUGCCUCAAAUGUAG